CCGUUUCCGACUGACGGCACGGCACAGAAUUCCCCCAUCCAUCCCCCCGCGCCAAAGCCAUCUUCCGCUAAAAACACUCCCCGUCCAUGACCGUCUCCGGCGAUCUUCCAUCCCCGGCCGUCAUGACGUCCGUCUCUACCCCGCCGCUGCUCACCGGCGAGAGGGCCGUGGUUGUGCUGUUCAUCGCCUGCAUCAUGUUCUCUCUCCCGCCGUCUCUUCUCCUUCCCGGCGGAUUUCUGUCCUUCCUUUCCUUCUUCGCUCUCUGCGUCGAGAUCCGUGGCGAGAGCUCCGGUUCGCUCUCUUAUCUCAAGACUAGACCUGGUGCUUCAUCAGGGAUAUUGCUUGGUGCUGUUACAUUGCCUGCACUUAUGCUCUCCAGGCUGAUACAGCUCUCACGAGCAUUGUCACUUGACGAGAUUGAGCUUCGGGAAGUUGAUUAUCUACAGAUGCAAUACUGGGCCGCUUCAGUUAGCUGCUUUGCUGUGUUGAUCUUCCUCUCUUCAGUCAUAUGGGCUGCACCGGGAAGUUCACGCUCCCACUCACGCAGAGUACUAAUAUCUGCUAAGUUCAUCAUUGGAUGCAUAGUUUUGAUUGCAGCAUUUUACAAUAUCUCCCCUAACGUAUUCUUGCAGCUAUCCCUCAUGGCUUUGUCUGAUUGCUAUGCCUUUAUCCUCACAGGUAUGAGCACGACUACAAAGUUGAUGUGGGUGCUGUUCCAUGGACUUGCCACUGUGAAACUAAUGCUGCAUUUACUCGAGACAUUUCCUUCAUGUUCUUCCAUUGGGGAGACUCUUCUGGUGACGGCAGGACUUGUUCUCUACUUUGGCGAUAUAUCGGCAUGCACUAUUGCAAAGGCCAGUCUUCAUGGAUACUGGAGCUCUUCCGAGUUGGCAUUUGUGCAAAAUGGAACUAGAAAAAAUGAGAUUAGUACUGUCAUUCAGGGACUACUUCUUGGUCUUCUUCUGUUUCCAGUUGCCUUUAAAUUUCUGCUUCACGCACUAGAUUCCUUUCCAAGUGUGACAAGCUCGGGCACAAUGAUACAAAAUGAGAGAAGAAGAUCUCUCAUUUUCUUUGUUUCAUUUGGGUUAAUCAUGUUUGUGGUCAUGCCAUUGUGGAUGCAAUUUGUACAGGACUUUCAGAAACACCCACUUUUAUGGGUGGUCGAUUUUGUUUUCUCUGAACCAGCUAAAAGACUAUCCCUAUGUAUCUAUUGGGUGUGCUUGAUAUACGUAUCCGUGAGGCGUUUCUACUACAUAUCAAAGAACAGUAAGACUGAGCGGAUUCUUCUUCGGAAGUACUACCAUCUUAUGGCUGUUUCUAUGUUUGUUCCGGCAGUCAUCUUCCAGCCAAAGUUUCUUGAUUUAGCCUUUGGGGCAGCCUUGGCAGUCUUCUUGACAUUGGAGAUUAUUCGAGUAUGGAGAAUUUGGCCGCUGGGACAACUUGUUCACCAGUUUAUGAAUGCUUUCACUGACCACCGUGAUUCUGAGCUUCUCAUUGUCAGCCACUUCUCGCUCUUACUGGGAUGUGCACUUCCAAUUUGGUUGUCCUCUGGGUAUAAUGAUCGUCCCCUUGCUCCUUUUGCUGGAAUUUUGAGCCUUGGAAUCGGAGAUACAAUGGCAUCCAUGGUUGGGCACAAAUAUGGUGUUCUGAGGUGGAGCAAAACUGGAAAGAAAACUAUUGAAGGCACUGCAGCUGGCAUAACUUCUGUUUUGGCUGCCUGCUCGGUGUUGCUGCCUGUUCUAGCAUCCACUGGAUAUAUCUUCACACAGCACUGGCUCCAUCUUUUUCUGGCGGUUAUAGUCAGCGGGUUACUUGAGGCCUACACAGCACAACUUGACAAUGCUUUCAUACCUCUGGUUUUCUACAGCCUCCUCUGUCUGUAAAACCCCCACACAUUGAUUCGAAUCUGCAGGCUUCCUUCCCACGGCUCAUGACAUUCAAGCUUCCUGGUCCAAAUUGGUGCGACGUACUUUAUAUUGAAAAUCAGAUAACCAGAAAAAAAGUAAUGACAGAAACCAGAAGCAGGAAGGAGCAUGUUCUUCUGACCAAGUCAUAGAUCGACGACUUAACUUUUACAACUAACCCGUUAACAGAAGAGGCAGGAAAUGUUGAAGAAUUCAGGGAAAGCUAUAUUGAUUUUGUAAUAGAAGGUCACAUCAGUCAAAGACCUUGGACGACUAUCCUAUUCAACACGGCAGAGGAAUAUACCGAUUUGCUGCGGAAAUGAGAUCUGCUAUGGAGAGCAAGUACGGCUGUGAGGCCGUAUGUAGAAACUAGAAAUAUCCCGCCGGUCGGGGGAGACAAAAAGGAGAGGACAAGCUUCAGGGGAGAAAUUAUGUGGAUCCAAAUUUCCAUUCUUAGUCGGCGGCGUGUACAUAAAAAUUUCAACACGUAAAACAUGGAUUGUGUGGCAGAUAAUAAUUAGGAAGAACAUAUUGUGUUCCCCAUCUCCUCUGUUUCGUUUAAAAAGAUCAAUGAAUGUUGCAGUACUAACUGCAGUAUAGUGCAGCUGAACAGAAUUGAGAACAGGGUUACGGCGACAUGUAAUGCUUUCAUUGAUUUAACGAACUAUCGUUGUCAAACUUAACCUGUAACAACGUUUAUCAUAUUUGCAAGGAAAGAACUAGG